AUGUAUAGAUUCCAAGUGUCACCUCCAGUACAUGCUGUUGUUCUACAGCAGCUGAGCUCUGCACUUACAGUAUUUGUCAUGUUUUAUUAUUUCCUGCGGUCAGAGAAGCGUAUGAAGGGUAUAGAGGGCGGCGAAGCAAUUUACGAUGAGUUAUCUUUGUAUGCCUGGGCGUCCGUCGCCUCGUGGUUUUUGCGCUCAGACCCGUGCACCACCGCCGCCGCCGCCACCACCGCCGGCGCCUUCCCGGCCCCCAUCACCACCAGCACCACCACCACCACCACCACCGCCAGCAGCACCAGUGGCGGACCGGUCGCGCCCAGCGUUUGCACGGCCAUCCGCUGCACGGUCGCUAACUGCUCCUGCGAGUGCUUCACGCCCGGCAAGAUGAACAUCCGUUACUGCGACACCUGUGGACACAGCUGGGUGCCCCACGCGCUGGACAAGCUGGGAGGCAGGCAGCAGGCGCCGGCACUGCCCGUGGAGCCGGUGCAGGCGAACGCCGCCUUCGACAUCGCGAGCCUCGUGCUGUACGGCUGCCAGGCGCUGCCCAUCAGGCUCAAGAUCCUGCUGGACAGGCUCUUCUCCGUGCUUCGCCGCGACGAGGUGCUCCAUGUGCUCGCCGGCUUCGGCUGGACGCACGAGGACUACGCCAGGGGAUACAUCCUGCAGGAGACGCACGGCGCGACGCUGGAGCGCUGGCACAUCUGCAGCGCCGAGGAGGAGCCGCUGGUGCUGCGCCAGUUCCUGCGCUUCGGCGAGACGCGCGCCAUCGCGCUGCAGCUACUGCAGAGCAUGCAGCCGUUCGACUUCCGGAAGCUGGCGAGUCCUCCGGAGGCGGCGAGCGGCCGGCGCCGCCUGUCAGACGCGGUCAGUCCCCCGGUGCCGGCGUCGAUGUCUGCGUCAGCGCCGCCCCCCGGCCUGGUGGGUCUGGGCGCGCUGGCGCUGCACCCCGCGGCCUGCGGCGGCUUGCCGACGCUGCCCCCGCUGCCGCCCCCUCCGCCUCCACCUCUGCCCCCGCCGCCCCCACCGGCGGACACCAAGUCCCCGGCGGCGGCGGACGUGUUGAGCAGCGGGGGCGGCAGCAGCGAGUUCGGCUCGGGCACCGACGACGAGGAGGACAGCGCGCAAAGCGCCCUCAACCUCAGCCGCGAUGGGCUCUACCGGCGGCCCGGCCCGCCCCCGCUGGCGCCGCCCCCACCGCCCCCGCCAUCACUGCCUCCGGGGCUGCCCCACGGCCUGCCGCCCCUGACGCAGCUGCCCCCGGGGGCGACGCCCAGGAGGGGCGUGCCGGGCCGGCGACACUGGGGCGGCGACCCCCACCUGCCCAUCAACCUUGGCACUCAGCUCAUCAACCCCGCCACCGGCAAGAAGCGCGUCCAGUGCAACGUCUGCCUCAAGACCUUCUGCGACAAGGGCGCGCUCAAGAUCCACUUCUCAGCCGUCCACCUUCGCGAGAUGCACAAGUGCACGGUGGACGGCUGCAACAUGAUGUUCAGCUCGCGGAGGUCUCGCAACCGGCACAGCGCCAACCCCAACCCCAAGCUGCACUCGCCGCACCUGCGCCGCAAGAUCUCGCCGCACGAUGGCCGCUCGCCGCCGCCCCCGCCGCCCCCGCACGCGCCGCCCGGCGCGCUGCCGCUGGGGCCUGUCUUCUCCCCGUUCCCGAUGCUCGGGCCCGCCGCGCACCUGCCCAAGCACAGCCUCGACCUCACCAUGCACAGGUUCGAAGAAAGCAGACGCCACGACUUCGGCAGCAGUACGCUGGGAUCGCCUCCUGAAGACACAGGUUUGCGACUCAGCGACCACUUGCCGUUGCCAGACGACCUCUCAGACGACGGCUACGACGAUGACGACGACGGAAUCGUCGUCGACGGAGGACCAGACGACGACGACGACACGGACGAGAGGGAAAGUACGGACGUAGAGCCGCAGAACUUGACCCAGGGUCACGAGGACUCCCAGCCAGAGGCGGACGGCCUCAGCGGAGACGAGCAGCUGCAGGCGACGGAGGCCAAGCGUCCCAGGCUCGGUGGCGACGUGGAAGCGGACGCCGAGGACGAGCCUUCUGCCAGCAACCAGGGUGAGGCGAGCAACGAUGACUCGCUGAGCGCCGUCGAGGCUCACAACGCGAAGGACGCCGGCGAGGGCGCGGCCGGGGCGUCAAAGAACCCGAGGACGCGGAAGAACCGCAACCCGACGCGAUUCGCACUGCCCGCACAAACGGACAGCAACCACGUGUCCUGCGACGAGGACUCGUCUGCAGACUCGCCAUUCGCGUCAGCCCCACCUGCGAAUGAUAACGGCGCUGACGACGAGGAACCAGCAAGGGCGUCGGGGGCAACGCAUCGUACAAAUGGAGCAGAUCCUUCUCCAGAAGCUACUGCCCAUACUGAAAGUGACGGAGUUGUUGAGAAGUUACCUGAUGACAGAAGUUCGGAGAAUGGUCCUGUAGACUGCACGAAGCAAAGCAGUGCGGUAGACUCUGGUGAAGUCUGCGGUAAUGGGGAGGUGGAAGGAGGGAAUGCGGAAGAAACUGGUAACCGUGAACUUCACUGUCAUGCCGAGAAAGAGCGAAGCACUCUCCAGGACUGUGAAAGAAACGCUGGGGAGGAACAGGCUACUAGGAAAGAUGAUGAUAAGGGUGGGCCAGUUGGGUGUAUAAAGGCGGAGCGGGGAGAAGAAAGGGAAGAACAAGAGGAAGAGGACUGCCACAGCGGUGAAGGGUCGAUGUCGUCGUCUACUGCACUGCAGCGUCUCGAAUGCCUUUCGCAAGGCCCGUUUUGUGGGCCGGAGCUCAACUUCUCCGGGUGUCCUUCGAGCCCAGCGAGAUCUCAAGGCUCUUCCUCCAACGAUUCGCCGGGAGAGGACGCUCACUACUUCUACCCGGAGACUGGCAGCUUCAUAGGCCCCAUGGACGUCCCCAUCGACAAAGACAACCCCCGCCGCUGUACCGCCUGUGGGAAGAUCUUCCAGAACCACUUCGGGGUGAAGACGCACUUCCAGAACGUGCACCUGAAGCUAAUGCACAAGUGCACUGUGGAAGGGUGCAACGCCGCGUUCCCGUCGAAGCGCAGCAGAGACAGGCACAGUGCCAACCUCAACCUGCACCGCAAGCUGCUGUCGACGUCGGCGGACAGCCCCGGCGGAUCGUCGCCAUCGGCAUCUGCGGCCGCGGCUGCGGCGGCGGCGUCCUUCUUCAUGGACAAGUCCUCCCCGCUCGCGGCGUCGCUGGUGGCCAACCCGUCGCUGCACGGCGAGUUCCUGGCGCGCCUGUACGCCGAGUCGCACGCGCUGCCGCUCAACCUGGAGGCGGCGUUCAAGGGACUGCCGCCGCUGGGCCACGGGGGCGGUCCGCCCCCGCAGCAGCUGGUCGAGCAUAUGCUGCUCAACGGCGACCGCCUCGGGCCACCCCCGCAGCAGCAACAGCAGCAGCAGCAGCAGCAGCCACCGCUGAUGUUGCCGCCACUAGGCUUCCCGGGCUUCUCCGGACACCUGCUGGCUGCGGCCGCCGGCGUCAACGGAGACGCCGGCGACGGCGGCGCGGCGGCCGCGUCGAUGUCUGCGUCUCCGUCGGCCGGCGGCUGGAGCCUGGAGGACGACCCGCCGGCGGCGGACUGCGACGGCCGCUUCCCGUGCGCCUUCUGCGGGCAGCCCCUGGCGGACGCGUCGGCGCUCAAGGACCACUACGAGUGCCGGCACGCUGUGGAGCUGGCGCGCUGCGCCACCUGCGGCAAGCUCUUCACCUCCGGCGAACGCCUCCGGCAGCACGCGGACGCUGCCCACGGCGCCGCCGGGCCUGCGGGGGCGGCGGCGCGGCUGGCGGCCUGCUCGUGA